AUGCCGCCGAAAAAGAAAGGAGGAAAGAAAGACGAUGAUUGGGAUGAUGUUGAAACAACUGCGACGAAGAAGAUGGCCGCUUUAAAAGUAGAAGAGAGUGCUUUCGAUGAUGAAAGUGAUGAAGAACCGGCUAAGCCACAACCAAAGGCGAAGGGACGGCCAGGGAUGAGCGCUUUUCUCAUGAUGGAAGACGACGAUGAGGAAAAAUCUGAAAAGUCUGAAGCUGAGGAUGCACCCGUCGAGUCUAAACCCGCCGCUAAAGCAGAUACAGCCAAGGAUAAGAAGGCAAAGAACAAAGGCAAGAAGGGAAAGAAACAAACUGCUGAGGACGAUGAGCUGGAUGCCCUUCUUGAAAACCUAAACAAGCCCGGAGAAGCUCCAGCUGGUAAAAAGAAAGAAAAGCUCGUCGGUGAAGCACAAGUUGUUGAAGAAGGAGAAGUUAAAGAAGCGGAAGCCACUCCUGACAAAGAGGUUGAGGACAAGAAGAAAAGCAAGAAAAAGAAGAAAGACAAAGAGAAGACUGCUGAAGAACAACCCGCUACCGCUGAUGCUGAAAAGAAAGAAGAUCAGGAUGAAGAUGGAGAAGCCAAAGAGGGCGAUGAAGAAGCUGGUGAUGACAAAAAGAAGAAGAAAAAGAAAGGCAAGAAAGAAGAAAAGCCCAAGAAGAACAAACAGGCCGAGGCAAUCAAAGAAAUGCUUCGUCGAAAAGAAGAGGCUGAGUUAGAAGCAAAACGAUUGGCUCAAGAGGAAGAAGAACGGAUUCUAGCUGCUGAAAAGAAGCGAGAAGAAGAGGAACGAAUUGAAAAAGAAAGGCGAGACGCUGAAAAGCUUCGUAAAAAGCAAAAGGAAGAACAACUCAAGAAAGAAGGAAAAUGGCUGACGCCAGCUCAACGCGCUAAACAACAACAGCAACGAGCAAGACUUGGUGCUCAAUUUGACAAGAUCAAAGAAGAAGCCCCAACAAAGAAAGUCGUUUAUGAAGAUCUCAGCAAGAAAAAGCAGCAACAGCAAAAAGAAAGAGAUGCACAGUUGGCAGAAGCAGUUUCUACUUCGAAAGAACCUGAAAAGGAAGAUUCGCCUGUUGAAGAAAAAGUCGAGAAGGAGGAAGUAGCAGAAGAAAAGCAAGAGGAGCCUCUUGAUGAUUGGGAGCUUGCGGAUGUUGAUGAUACUAAAAAGGAAACUGAAGCAAAGGCAAAAGAAACCACGCAAACCAACAAAGUCGCGGUUCCAGUAAAAGAACAACAACAGGAAGAGUCUUCUGAAUCAGAAGAAGGGUCCUCGGAAGAAGAAUCUGAUGAGAGUGAAGAGGACGAAAGUGAAUCUGAGGAGGAAUCUUCUAGUGAAGAUGAAGGAGUUAAGAAGGAGACUAAAGAAAUGAAGAUGGAGAGAAUUCGUCUGCGCUUGAAACAACGCCGGGAAAAAGCAAUUGCGGAGAAAAGUGUGGAUAAUCUUCGAGCUCCGAUCAUUUGUGUGCUUGGCCAUGUAGAUACAGGAAAAACAAAGAUGCUUGAUACAAUCCGUCGAACAAAUGUGCAAGAUGGUGAAGCUGGUGGUAUUACGCAACAAAUUGGUGCUACUCAAGUUCCAAGGGAUGCUAUUGUUGAGCGUUGCAAACAAGUGCGUGAAUUCCGGGCAGCCGAUGUCAAAGUUCCUGGAUUUUUGAUCAUUGACACGCCCGGUCACGAAAGUUUUGCAAACCUGCGUUCUCGGGGCUCUUCAUUGUGUGAUUUUGCAAUUCUUGUCGUGGAUUUGAUGCAUGGACUUGAACAACAGACACUCGAAUCGAUUAAACUUUUGGUUAAACGUCACACGCCAUUUGUGGUAGCAUUAAAUAAGAUCGACCGCUUGCAUAUGUACGAAUCGAGCCCCCGGAAGGAUGUCUAUGUUCAUUUAGGAACACAAGCAAAUAAUGUUAAACUUGAGUUCAAGAAACGUUAUGAAGAAGUCGUUGUUCAAUUUGCUGAACAAGGUCUCAACGUUUGUCUUUCGAAUGAUAAGAAGAAAAUGGCGGAUCCUGACUAUAUCCCCAUGGUUCCUACAAGUGCAUAUUGCGGCGAUGGAAUUGGCAAUUUGAUGGCAUUCAUUGCUGAAAUGGCGCAAUCCAAGUACUCUGAUCGGCUUGCCUUUAUUGAAGAAUUGGAUGCGACGGUUAUGGAGGUUAAAGCUAUCCCCGGUUUGGGAACGACUAUCGAUGUCAUUUUGGUCAAUGGGCGAUUAAAGAACAAUGACAUUAUUGUCUUGUCUGGUAUUGAUGGACCGAUUGUCUCACAAAUUCGUGAUUUAAAGAUGCCGGAGCCUCUACGUGAACUGCGUGUCAAAAGCGAAUAUCGAAGUUUCAAGGAGAUCCAAGGCGCACAGGGUGUCAAAGUUCUGGCAAAGGGUAUGGAAAAGGCAUUGGCUGGAUUACCACUAUAUGUUGUAAACCAAGCGGAUGAGAUUGAUCUGUUGCAAGCUGAGUGUGAAGCCGCUCUUUCAAAAGCUUUGACCUCGAUCAAGAAGAAACCGGAAGGGGUUUACGUACAAGCCAGUACUCUCGGCUCGUUGGAAGCUUUGUUGGAGUUUUUGAAAACACAGAAAAUCCCGUAUGCUAAUGUUAAUAUUGGACCAGCUCAAUUGGCUGCUGAUCGGGAAGGAGUGCGCAUUUUCCAAGCCGAUAUCAUUUAUCAUCUUGAAGAUGAUUUCCUUAAAUACAGGGAAGAGUUGCGCCAGAAAUAUCGUCGUGAGCAUGAACAUCUCGCUGUCUUUCCAUGCAAACUACGUGUUUUACCACAGCACGUCUUUAAUGCAAGAAAUCCAAUUGUUUGCGGUGUAUCUAUUGAGGCCGGUCAAUUAAAGAAAGGAGCACCUAUUUGUGUACCCUCAAAGGAGUCCAUCUUCCUUGGAAAUGUCGCAUCAAUUGAGAGGAAUCAUGAAGAAGUUGGACUUGCAAAAGCCGGAGAGGAGGUUUGCAUAAAGAUCGAAAACACUACCGGCGAGGCUCCAAAGCUUUAUGGACGUCAUUUCACACACGAAGAUUUUCUAGUGACUCGGUUGACCCGUGAGUCGAUUGAUGCCUGCAAGGCUUACUUCCGUGAUGAUUUGAGCAAGGCUGAUUGGCAACUGGUUAUUGAGUUGAAGAAAACAUUGGAUAUUCUC